AACAGACGUUAGGGGUUGAAAAGAGUUCAUUGCUGAAAAAAUUAUUGUCGAUACCAAAUACAUAAGUGAAAGAGCUGAAAGCUUUUUAAAAAUAAAACUUCAACUGCUUAUCUUAUUCACGAAAUAUCAUUUGAAGGCCAAUUUAAAGGGUCGAAACUAAGUUUCCAAACAUUAAGUUCUUCUCAACUUAUAAAGUGUGCGCGGGUAUAUGGUCGUGUCAACCUAAAUGCAUUGAUUAUGCGAAAUAUUCUUUUGAUAUUUUAUAAAUAGCUGUUAUUUUAAGGCAAAUGAAUUAAUACAAUAUGACUCGUGGCAACAAUGCCACCUACUCGGAUAGUUCCCUUGUUAAAAUCAAGCCAUUUAUUAUUUUGAUCUUGAAUUUUAACAUAUGCUUUCACCAUAUAAGCGCAUCUUCAUUUUUAAACCUGAACGAUCUAACCAAUUCCGAUCGACCUUUCUUCGACGAUAUAAGCCCCAGGAAUGUAUCCGCUGUUGUUGAUGAAAUCGCAAUUUUGAGAUGUCGUGUUAAAAAUAAAGGAAACCGGACUGUUUCGUGGAUGCGCAAGCGCGACCUUCACAUUCUUACAACAAACAUUUAUACGUAUACUGGCGAUCAACGUUUUUCUGUACUUCAUCCACCUAGCAGUGAGGAUUGGGACUUAAAGAUUGAUUACGCUCAACCACGUGAUAGCGGCGUCUAUGAGUGUCAAGUGAAUACCGAGCCAAAAAUAAAUUUAGCAAUUGUGUUGGAAAUAACAGCUGAUAAUGACUUUCGGGAUGUAAAAACGGAAAAGCGAUUUUACGAUUCAAAAGCGGCUCGAGCUAAAAUACUAGGAUCCACGGAAAUCCACGUAAAGCGUGAUAGCACCAUUGCUUUGGCUUGCUCAGUGAACAUACAUGCAUCUUCUGUCAUUUGGUAUCAUGGCUCGUCAAUUGUCGAUUUUGAUUCACUCCGCGGCGGAAUAAGUUUGGAAACGGAAAAAACUGACGUAGGAACGACCAGUCGAUUGAUGCUAACGCGAGCCUCAUUACGAGAUUCUGGAAACUAUACUUGCGUUCCAAAUGGAGCUAUUCCAGCCUCUGUAAGGGUUCAUGUAUUAACCGGUGAGCAGCCUGCAGCAAUGCAAACUAGUGCUGCCAUUGGGAUUAGGGCUUACACUGCAAUGAUAACUAUCAUAUCAGUUAAAAUGUUGUUAUAUAUUUCAAGUCUUAAAGAGCAAAUGUAUCGAAGAGAGAGAUGACUAACUAAUAAUAUUUCCGUAAAAUUACAUGACUAACUUAAGAUCACAACGUGUUCCAAAGGACCCAUUGUAAGAGAACACGCUCUAUUUAAUAAAAAAAAAUAAAUGUAAUUCCUAUAGUCAUAUUAAAUAAAUUACUAUUAUGAAUAUUCAAGAAUUAUA